UAUUAUCACCACCACCAUCACCACCACCUUUCAUUUGCCGCUAACAUCAUCACCACGUUUUCCCAUCUCUUCAGUCACCACUAUAAUCACCACCAUCAUCACCACACUCGACCCACCAAUUCAUCCACUUCUACUCCCCUCCAUUACAACUUUUUCAACCCUUCCCCUUCCCACCCACACUCACGCCCACUUCCCCCGCAGGUCUUGGUGGUGUGGGCGCUCCUGCAGCAGAGUCACCUGGGAGUGGGCGGCUCCACGUCCCCGUUGCCACGACCAUUCGACGCCCACGACCCCUCCCGUUUCCCCUUCCCGCCCACCGCCCCGUCACUUCUGUCUGAUGAUGUCGUAGUGCCGUCGUCGCCUAGGGCAGUGGUGAAGCGCUCCACGGACGACCAGGCAGCCUACCUCCCCUACGACCCGCUGGUACCCUGGCCGAAGAGGGACGAUGGCUAUGACUCCUACAUGCAGAGUAUCAACUAUGACCCCUACAUGGCCUGGGGGAAAAGGCCGAAGAGGGAUGACGGCUACGACUCCUACAUGCAGACCAUUGGCUACGACCCUUACAUGGCUUGGGGGAAGAGGCCGAAACGGGACGACGGGUUCGACUCCUACAUGCAGAGUAUCGGCUACGACCCCUACUCGGCCUGGGGGAAGAGGCCAGCGAAGAGAAGCAGCAAGACGUCCUCAGGGAGCUACCAGCGAGAGGGGGCCGUGGAGCGUGGCGGGGGACGUAGCAUGGAGGAGUACGGGACCUACUAUCCACAGACCGCGUCGACGCACUACUACGAAGGCGACGCGGUGAAGAAGCACGAUCCCUACAUGGACGUGUACCUUCCCAGCCACUUCAUGCACUCCUUCAAGCGCUCCAUCAACCCUUACUACUUCUCCCUCGCCUCCAACGACUGGAAGCGCGCCCCCAACGACAUGGGGGCGCAGGGCUUCCACGAGGGGAUCUUCACGCAUAACUUCGGCGACUUCUCUCCAGUCAAGCGCGGCAAGAGGGACGUGUCGCAGCAGCAAGAGGACGAGGACCAAGAGGCGGCCCCAGAGAAACGCCGCAUGGGGAUGGGAGCGAGUGGCUUCCACGGGGAUACCUUCAGCCAGGGCUUCGGGGAUUUUGACACCAUGAAGAAACGGCGGAUGGGUAUGGGUGCGAGCGGGUUCCACGGGGAUACCUUCAGCCAAGGGUUCGGCGACUUCGAUACCAUGAAGAAGAGGCGAAUGGGUAUGAGCGGAGCGAGUGGUUUCCAUGGCGAUACCUUUAGUCAAGGCUUCGGGGACUUUGACACCAUGAAAAAAAGGCGAAUGGGCAUGGGUGCUAGCGGCUUCCACGGGGACACAUUCAGUCAAGGGUUCGGGGAUUUCGAUACGAUGAAGAAGCGCCGCAUGGGGAUGGGCGCGAGUGGCUUCCAUGGGGACACUUUCAGUCAAGGCUUUGGGGACUUUGACACCAUGAAGAAGCGCCGCAUGGGGAUGGGCGCAAGUGGCUUCCACGGGGACACCUUUAGUCAAGGGUUCGGAGAUUUCGACACCAUGAAGAAGCGAAGGAUGGGCAUGGGCGCCAGCGGCUUCCACGGGGAUACCUUCAGCCAGGGCUUCGGGGACUUCGACACCAUGAAGAAGAGACGUAUGGGAAUGGGCGCGAGUGGCUUCCACGGGGACACGUUUAGUCAAGGCUUUGGGGACUUCGACACCAUGAAGAAACGCCGCAUGGGCAUGGGCGCGAGUGGCUUCCACGGGGACACCUUCAGCCAAGGCUUUGGCGACUUCGACACCAUGAAGAAACGCUCUGACUACGCCGGAGAGGGCAAGGAGGCAACUCAGGAGGAGAAGCAGGAGGGCGUUGGACCCGUGGACGGUGCAGGAGAACCAGGCAGCAGAAGAAAACGUGAGACCGACGACAGUGACGGAGAUGACACUCUUGCCGAUGCCUAUGAAGACCCCUCCGCGCCGUACGACCAGCGGUACCUCAUGCGCCAGGAUGAGGAGGAGGACGAGGAGGAGGAGGACCAGGAGGACGAGCAGGAGGUAGAGGAAGAGGCCCGUGCCAAGAGGAACUUAGAGCAUGGAGGGCGGCUACAGGUGGAGCUGCGGCCGCCGGUCAUGACCCCAGUUAACACGAGGAGGAAGAGGAGCCUACAGGACCAAGACACCGACCUACACCACGCCGACGGGACCCAGGACGCAGCGACACGCCCCCUGUACAAGCGCUCAGUAGACUGGGGGACGAGUGACGACCUCGGGGGGUUCAGCACAAUGAAGAGGCGGCGAUGAGGCAACACUCCGCCGUGAACAAAGCCACUUUCGCCCAGUCCCUCCCUCAGACAGAACUCGCCGCCCUCUUUAUCUCCCUAUACCUCCCUCCGGACCUGCUAUCUUCACUCUGAACGUUGGACGCCCCCCGCCCUUGCCUCCCUCCUGCCCCACUGCAAGCAAGAACGUCCCUGGAUGAACCAAAUUGGCCGUGUGUAAGGAGGGGUGGACGCUUCCAUGCACGAACAGCUCAGCCUGUCGCCGCGUCCUUGGCUCUUGCAGAAGCUAUAGCGGCGGCGACGGGCUGGCGCGGCGGCGGCGUCUCCAUACACAUACAAACAUACAUACGUACAUACUGUAGCUCCUGGCGAUGUACUGCUACCACGUUUAACCUCCUAAAGAUAUGUUAUACUAUAUACUAUAUAUACAUAUACAUAUAUAUAUAUUUAAAGGUGUGUGCCGAGGACGAGGAGGAGUAGUACUAUAUUAUAUUAAAGCAACAAGCCUUCCCACCCUAA